GACUUGUUAGCCUUUCUAUUUCAAUAGUUUAGCUCAGCUUGCUAGCUGUCAGUAAUGUUCUCCUCCUAUCAAAGGUUGACGUCACCGGGAGUCAAGUGACUUCUGCGUUGUUUUAAUCUUUUUCUUUCAUUAUUAUUAAGCUAUUUGCUCUUUUCAGCCACCCGAACUCGGUGAAUUUAGCCACGUAGCUAGCAGUUAGCUCGAAAGACACUCCAAGUAGACAUUCACAGCGUGCGUUCGGGGAGUCACUCCAAGCGUGCUGGCAGGACUCCAGAAAGUUGUAAAACUCCGAGCGUCGUUGGAGUGGGCUAUUCGGUUAUUCGGAGGCGCUCUGACUGAGGACACAGAGCAGCUUCCCGUCAGCUUCCCGUCCCGGUGAGCAUGGCUCAGGGGGCCACGCGGGGCCGCCGCUACCUACGCGCCUUUGUGAGUGGCUUCUUUGUGGCCGUGCCCGUCACCGUCACCGUCCUGGACCGCUUGGCUUAUGUGGCCAGGGUGGAGGGGGCGUCCAUGCAGCCUUUCCUGAACCCGGAAGGAGCGUCUGAGUGUGACGUGGUUCUGCUGAACCGCUGGAGUGUCAGGAAAUACCACGUCGAGAGAGGAGACAUCGUGUCUGUCAUGUCUCCCAGGAAUCCCGAGCAGAAGAUCAUCAAGCGCGUCAUCGGCCUGGAGGGAGACUUCAUCAGGACUCUGAGCUACAAGAAGAGACACGUGCGAGUCCCAGACGGUCACGUGUGGAUCGAGGGGGACCAUCACGGCCACAGUCUGGACAGCAACACCUUUGGCCCGGUGUCGGUUGCUCUUCUUCACGGCCGCGCGUCGCACAUCGUUUGGCCGCCGGGCCGCUGGCAGCGCAUCCGGGCCGGUCUCCCGCCGAACCGGGCGCCGCUGUUAUCCCUCGACGACGACGACCAGUGAACGCCGCUCGAGUACGCCAUCUAACUGUGAGCGUCUCCUGCUGGCGGGAGGCUGCGUGGCGGCGCUGAUGGCGAAGUCUUCGGCAUUUAGGAUGAAAGCCAACUGACGGGACGAGAAGAAGUUCUGUGGCCGUUUUUUUUCCUUAAUCAGGGUGGAAUGAAAAGAUCAGAAUCAUGUUGACUUGCAUCCAUUUUCCAUGCCCAACUUUAGUUGACAAUAAAUCAAGUUGAGAUGACUAU